AUGACAGCCCAAUGUCCGCAACAACCCAACGCUUUUCAAGAGCUCUUCCGGAUUUUUGCGAACAGAGAUGGCCGAGUUCUUGAAUUCGAGAUUCUCCCGCCGGCCUUUGGCCCGAUACUCGAGGAUGGCUGCUCGAUUGGAAUUACGAAGAAGUGCCUCGUGCAAGCGUUUGUUGUUGCACGGAGAAUCUUUCUAAAUUCUUUGAUGGCGAAGUCGAGCUCACAAUAUACCGAUGAAGCUGCUUCGACACCAGUAUUGGAGGGUGAAGGCGGGGAAGCGGAUCAGAGGCUUACAAUCGCAUCGGAGAUCAUCCUCCUCUUCGACUGCGAACACUUGACGGCAUGCAACUGGAGGAAGCGAAGGUUAAGCGCGCUGUUCACCUCAGACCUGGAGACGCUCAUCCAUGCAUUGGAUACCGAACUCUCCCUCAUGACGACGUACCUUUGCUCUCCGCUCCAUCGGCACACCAAGUCGCCAACUCUGUGGCAGCAUCGUCAAUGGGCUCAAACGCAUCUUGUCCGGCUCCGCAAGCCCGACUUUAAGGGCGUCGAGGAUCUUUUUCAAGCUGAAUUAUCAGUGGUCCUGCGAGCCGGCGAGCUACAUCCCAGGAACUACUACGCCUUUACGUACUUGCGACAGAUCCACCGUAUACUGGCUGAGUCUGGGGGCUUGAAAAGCGAGGAGUGGCGGGUACAAUUUGGGCAGAGCAUCAUCCGACCUACACUGGAUUGGUGCCUUGUCCAUCCAGCUGAUAUAUCUGGGUUGAUGUUUCUGCUUUAUCUGCUAGAUGGUGUGCCAAUUACGGCGCUUCGGCUCGAUACUGUGGGCAAGGUCGCCCAGUUCGCGCUAGAUAUCGGCUGGGAGGGCGAGAGUAUUUGGACGUUCGUUGAACUGGCCACUCGCAAGUUCAACCUACUCGAACCGCUCGGCCAAUCACCGCCAUAUCCAUGGGCUGUCCUGCGCACCGCCUCGUUAGAGGCAAUGCAUGUUGAAAUUAAAGCGCGUAUAUCAUGGCGGACAUGGCUUGAGAGAGCACGAAUUUACUGGGCCGCGGAGAAAACCCCAACAAUAUAG